CGCGCACUCGACUAGCACCGAGCGCAGCGUUAACAUUACUUGCUGUUCACCGCACUCGACGGCUCACUUAGCGUACUUGCUCGCCUGACGGCGAAAAGAUGAAGGCUCCCAUUAAGGAUUGUAUCGUAUAUUCUCCAUACCCAUCCAUUGACAUACCGCUGUGCUCAGUUUAUGCUCUCGUCAAAGAAAAGCUACUGUGGAACCCCUACAAAGUGGCACUGGUCGAUGACGUCACCAGUGUAACUCGUACCGAGGUCUUAUCACGAAUGCAACGUUACGCUGUGGGCUUUCGUCGGAAUGGAGUCGUUCCCGGAGACCGUAUCUGCAUUCACCUUAAAAAUUCUGUGGAGAAUCUGUUAGCCAUGUACGGCUGCAUCUUGGCUGGCGCUGCAGUUGUCUUGGCUAAGACUUCACUCAACGACAGUGACCUCCGCUACCAGGCAGACGACAGUGACAGCACGCAUAUUCUUACGGAUUUGGAAAAUGCAGAGAAGGUUAAAAGAUCAGUGGCCCCACUGUCCAUGAAGGGUCUAUUUUGCAUGGGACGCACUGCCGGUUUCGUGUCGGCCGCUGAAUUCGCUGAGCUGGAUGAAAGCGAGUACCAAGAGUGUCCUGUUGAUGAUCCGAAGAGCACAGUACUCGCCGUGUGCUACACAUCGGGAAGCACAGGCCCGCCCAAGGGCAUGGAGAUUACGCAUUACAACUACGUGGCCUGCUGCUACACGUCAAUUUUCAUAACACCAUAUGGAAAGGAAGAGGUCUAUCUUGGCGUGGAUCCUAUUACAACCCAGUCGGGCAUGAUUUAUGCUGUGAUAGUGAUGUUGGACGGAGGGACCAACGUCAUAACUUCUGCAAGUUUGAACAGUACAGAAAUCAUCGAUGCCAUCGACAAGUACAAGGUUACGGGGGCCCACUUAUUCCCGUCAAGACUGCAAGGAGUGGUGCGUGAAAUGCGUCGCACUGGUCGAAAACUGCCAUGCCUGAAGCGCCUCCUCGUCAUAGGAGGUGCGCUGUCGGCCUCUGUGGUUGAUGCGGCAAGUGAAGCCUUCGAAGGACUGGAGUGUUUGCAAAACAUGUACGCCAUGACUGAGUCUUGCUCUAUCAUAACUGCUCCACCAAAGACCAGUGGGGUCUAUAGAGGACCUGACACCGGUGUUCCUAAUACAACAGCAAUGCUAAAGGUGGUCGAUUUGAUCACGGGUCAGAAGCUUGGACCGCACCAGAUAGGAGAAAUCUGCUACCGCACAGCAGCUAUGGUCAGCGGCUACUACAAGCGGCCCAAAGGAACUUCUGAGCUUUUUGACGAAGAGGGCUGGUGCAAGUCAGGUGAUGCUGGAUACUACGAUGAGGACGGUAGGUUGUACAUCGUUGAGCGGCUGAAGCAGCUCAUCAAGUGCAUGGAUAAUCAGGUCGUUCCGGGGGAGCUGGAAGAACUCCUGCUUCGGGAACACUCGGCUGAUAUUGCCGAGCUGUCCGUUGUUGGGCUUCCCCAUUUCGAGUAUGUAGAGGCUGCUGCGGCUGCCGUUGUGCUCACGCAAGAAGGUCGUCAGAAGAAUCCUGAGCUCCUCGCUAAGGAUAUCAAGGCUACCGUGGAAAGCCAUCUCGCCGUCUACAAGCACCUACAUGGUGGCGUCUUUUUUGUGGAUUCUCUUCCAAAGACUGAAACUGCGAAAGUCAACAGGCCGGCGCUGGUGCGCUUUCUCACUUCAGAUACAGGGAAGCUAGCGCAGGUUUGAGCAUGUAGGGAGAGACAAGUCCAGGGCGCUGUUAACCGUUGUCAUUUUGGUCAGUUGGUGAAACAUAUUUUUUGGCUUUCCUUGCUCAUAGUUAUCGCUACUUUUUAGUGAGGUGAGUUGGCGAUAUCAGUGUCAGUAAGCUGCAUUGGCUUUUCUUGAAUAAUAUAGACAAAAAUAAAAGCGGA